GCACUGCAUUAGGGAAUCCUCAUCAGAAGAUGAGAAAGGCAGAGGCCUAAGAAAAAAAAAUUUCGAAGCACCUGAUAGGUCGUUAUUCUAAAUGUGCGUCUCCACCAAUGGAGGAAGCUGAUCAAUCAUCAGCAGAUUCAGAUUAUAGACUACAGGAGAUCGGGAUGCCACAACCAGAGAACUUAACUCGGUUAUGGCCUCAAACUUCUUCCAAUUUCUACAGUCCUCCCCGCAUGACAGGAACAGUUGCUAUCGAACACAAUGAGAUCUUACAACACCCGUCAGGGCCAAAACAAACAGGUGUCAACCAACAUGAGCCACUUUCCACUGAAAAUCGAUACACAAUACCUGAUUCACCCUUGUCCAUAAUCAAUCAAGAGGUUCAGACUAGAGUUGAAAACAAUGGGAACCUAGAAAGAAAGAUUGAUAGAUUGACUGAACUUGUUGGGAGGAUUCUCCUAGAAAUUGAGGAGCUAAAGUUACAGCGAGGAAAGAAUGAAGUGCUGAAUCACACUGAUUUGAGGGAUGAAUUUCCGUUUACGUCUUUGGAAAAAUUGAAGGAAUUUGAGGCAAGAUUAGAAGAUGAGGAGGAGAAAAAAAAAGUGACCCAAUACUUCAAAUCGAUAGGAGGCUUGACUUCCAAGGACUUCCAUUCGAGGGUGAUGGCAAGGGUCUUCACAAAUUCCCUUGCCAUGCAGUGUUCUUGGAAAGGAUUCAAGAACAAUUACAAGGUCGAGAGUAUGUUACUCCUACAAUGUUUAUAUUGUUACGAUACCGUUUCCCACAAUAAGCACGGAAUCGCAUCGGAACCCGAAAUACAGGAUUCCUGGAAGACGACACAAGGCGUGACCACCGAUUGUGACUCUUUCCGUUUUUCAUAAUUUGAAUAGUAGUUAGUUGAUGUCUAGCGUUAAAUAGAUUCAUUUGAUUUUUCUUUGAACAAAUAGAAACGAUAUCCAUUCUAUUGAGUUGUCCUUUAAUUACCAUUGGCAACCCUAAAAAGAAAUAAGUUCUUUUUAAGAAUAGA